UCAGCUGACCUGUGUCAGCGGAAAGCGGAAGCAAAUGAAAACAUGGAUGAGACGCUCACUCAGUUGCCCGUGACAGACUUUAUCCGACUGUGUCACAGAGGGAUUGACAGGUUUUGUAGUCAAAAACUGCCUAGCAGCGAAGACUACAGCUCUACCUGGAGCCUGCAAGAGUGGCUGCAGAAGCUGGAUUCUCUUGCGGCCAUCUUCCGUCUGGCUGUGGGUAACAACAGUUCUGAUGAGGAGGUGCUCGCUAGCCUGUCUGGUAUAGACAACAGUCAUGCACAAGCUCUGCUCAGUGUGCUGAGGGCAAGAGAAGAGGAGAUCCGACAGGCUCUGAUGCACACAACAAACUCCAUGUCCAGUACUAUUCUCCAAGACUUUGACUGGCAGCUUAAGUUGGCUCUGUCCAGUGACAAGAUUUCGUCUCUCCAGACUCCUCUGGUCAGCCUCUGUCUUGACGUCAGAGAGGAUGGAGCUCUGCGUCCUGUCACUCUUGAGAUUAGCAAGGAGGAGUUGAACAUGCUCAUCAGUUCAUUGGAAUCUGCUAACAAGGUGGUCCUCCAACUGAAAUGAUGAAAUGAACAAAACAUCAAAUAAACAUCGAAGAACAUAUGAAGAUAGAAGACCAGUCAUUAAUGUCUGAAACAAUGUUGAUAUUUUAUAGUCUGUCUUUCUUUUAUGAUUAAAAUCAAAUGCCUUU